UAAACGAAAGUAAUUAUUAAAAUCUUAUGUUUGACUCGCCAAAGCUAUUUCCGAGAAUGCGCAUUAUUUAUCUGUCAAACGGGCCGUGGCGAAAUUGGACAAAGCUUUGGAAUCGCAAUUCUAAUAAAUCGCGAGAAAUGUCUGCUAAUUCGCCCCCCGGCAAAAGUGACGGAGAUGAACCUCAGGAUCGAGCUGUCCCGCCAAAUCCAAUAGAAACUAUGGGUUCCAGAAUUCGGGACUUAGAUGUGGAUUCUAUCAGGAGGUAUUUAGCUCAAAAACUGGGAUUUUAUGAGCCGACGGAGCCUCCGGCGCCAGUGGACAAAGUUUUGACUGAAGUCAAUUUAGAUGGUAUCGUUAAAUGGAUCAAAAGCGAAAGAUGCCAAAAUGUUAUAACAUUAUCUGGAGCCGGUAUAUCUACCUCGGCUGGUAUUCCCGAUUUCCGUAGUCCUGAGACAGGCUUGUACCACAAUCUGCAAAAGUACAACUUACCACAACCUCAAGCAAUCUUCGAAAUCAAUUUCUUUAGGGAAAAUCCAAAACCAUUCUUCACAUUAGCAAAAGAAUUGUUUCCUGGCAGAUUUAAACCAACUGUGUCACAUUACUUUAUAAGACUCUUACAUGAAAAAGGCAUCCUGUUACGUCACUACACACAAAACAUUGACACUCUGGAGCGAGGUGCUGGUAUACCUGAGGAUAAAAUAGUGGAGGCUCAUGGCACUUUCUAUACUUCACACUGCUUGGAUUGUCGGAAGGAAUAUUCAUUAGAGUUUAUUAAAGAAAGGAUAUUUGCUGACCAAAUACCCAUAUGUACAGAGUGCCCUGGUGUUGUAAAGCCAGAUAUUGUUUUCUUUGGUGAGAGCUUGCCGCACAGAUUCCAGGACUGUCUUCAAGUGGACUUCCAGCAGUGCGACAUGCUGAUUAUCAUGGGCUCAUCGCUUGAGGUGCAACCUUUUGCAUCACUGAUUGAUAUGGUGCCUGAUUGCUGUCCAAGACUACUAAUAAACCGCGAGAAGGCGGGAAUGAGGUCCCCGCUGAUGAAGCUAUGGGGUCUGGGUGGUGGAGGUCUGCAGCUGGAGGAGGGGUCGGUGAGAGAUGUGGCCUGGCUCGGGGACUGCGAUGACGGCUGCCUUGUAGUCGCUGAUAAACUUGGGUGGGGGGAUGAACUUCGUGCGCUGGUCGCCAGGGAGCACGAGCGUCUUGAACGGGAGGGGGGGCUGGCCUCCCCCCACAAACCCAACACCUCUGUAACACCUACUGAUGAAGCCCAGGCGGGACAGAGCGCUACAACUACAGACCCCAAGCUUUGAGUACCAUAACAUUACCUAUUGUUUAAAAAAAUCCCAUUAGUAUAUUAUAAUUCGCGCCAAUAGUAUCUGUAUCUACUACUUACCGAUAGUAGUGAAUGUUACUAGCUAGACAAACUAACAUAAAAUAAGGUAAUACAAUACUAAUAUAACAUAAUCCCAAACUCUCAGUCCAUAAGUGCCUGUCCACAUGAGACGUUUUACGCGCGAGUCCACACGCUUGUUGACACCCGCGCAUAAAACGAGUAUAUGUGGCGCUAACAUACGACCAACGAGAUAAUCUAGAGAGGCACAAUAUACAAGUUUCAACCAAUGGCUGUGCAACCGGAAUUACAUUUCAAAUUUCACGAUAUUGCUAUGAUCAUUCUUUUAAUAGCAAAUCUAUGUAUUUUUAUCUAUGGAACAACUCGGCCGCUAUUGGACGACAUUUUGUCUAUUUCUCUCCACUUGGACGCAGGUGAACACCAGUGGACGUGACAUAUGUACAGUGACGUAGGGUAGUCUUGGAGGGGCCCCGUAUCAAAAUUAUUUGGGGGGCCCACUGAAGGGUAAAACAAUCUUAAAAAAAAACAAAUAAUGCUUGCUUAAAAUAAAUAUAAAAGUAACCUAACCUGAGUAUAGGAUGUUUUCAAUACCCAGGAAAAAAGAAAUUUUGUUUAUCUUUUGUCCAGUUGUUUGUUCCUGAAGUGAAACUCUAAAGGCAGUUUUUGGUGUUUUUUUUUUUUUUUUUUUUGGAAACACCACAUUUAGUGAGAAUGUGGAUUACAUUUUACUUAAUUUUGAUAAAAGCAAAGCACGUAUGGUGUCCCUGUAGUCCGGGGGCCCAGUAUCAGUAAUACGGCUGAUACAGCGGUAGUUACGCCCCUGCAUAUGUAGCCCUAAUAUCUCGGCUACGCUCGAGUGGACUAGCGUGCAAAACGCGUCAUGUGGACAGGCAUUAAAUUUCACAAAGCAAUAAUAAAUGCCUUGGUAGAUUUAAAUUUCGUGUAAACCCAAUUAACUUAAUUAAAUUAAUAUAGUCUUUAAGAUAAGUAUGUAUUUAUGAAACCAUGAAAUAAUUCCUAUGAUAUUGAAAUAUGGUGAUAAUAUAGAUAUUAAUCAUAGUGCCUCAUAUAUUGUGUAAUUAGUAAUUUAUUUUUAAUAGGAGAGUAUUUAUUUAACAAGUCACGAUAGGCGAAAAUUUAUACAAAAUUCCAUUUUAUUUAUUAAAAUUAAUUGUUGUUGAUAAAAAUCAAACGCAACUUUGCUAAUUGAAAUUUUUGCUUUUGGUUUAUUUACACGACACAGAGUUGUUUAUUUAAGGUAAAUUAUAAAUUGUUUCGUCAUAUUUUCUAAGUAUGCAUACACCGUAAACUCCAUCCAAAUAAGUUUAGUAGUUUCAGGAAAAUCGCGAAUAUCAAAACUAACAUAUGGAUCGAAUAUGGAAUUUAAACCCAAGAUAAGUAAAGUAAAUAACCCAAAAAAUUGGUGAGUGCACAUGGUCAGCUAUUUAAUUAAUGGUUCCUUAAAUGCAAUUUCCUUUUAUUAAAAAUAUCACAGAAUAAAGAUGAUCCAGAAUGAGUCUUUACAGGCAGCGUGGUGAAGCCGAUGAAACCCAUAAAACAUCUUCUAAUAUAAAAAUCCUUGACAUUCGCAUAUACAAUUUUUUUCAUAAUUUGUAUUUUAAAAUUUAACAAUAUCAACAAUUACGUAAAUUAAUAUAAUCAAACCAAUAAAAAUACUCCAUCUUAUUUCUUUAGUCUUUGUAAACAGUAUUUAAAAUAUUUGAAAACAUAAGACGCCAAUUUUCUUAAAUAAUAUUGAAAACUACUGAUGCGACGCUUCGUGUCGUACUGACUCGGGAAUGUAUUCGUUUUUGAAUUUUGUAUUUGGAGCGGCUACGACACCGUCGUGUUCCGUGCGCUCUAUCUGCCUAUUAUUCUUUAAUCUGUGAUUAUGUAUGAAUAAAAUUUUCGCCUAUUGUAAACUAAUAAAAAUAAUAAUUAUUUAUAAACAAUGCAAUAAUUACUUAAUAAUAUUGACUAGCUUUCUAGUAAUCAAGCAAUAUUAUAAUGAAUUUGGUACAAAUGAAUUGUGUUACGAGUGAAUUUUUUGAUAAGAUUCUCAGCAUCUUACAAUGCUACUAAAUUUUACUUAACGCUAGAAGUUGUUAGAUUAAAAAUGUUUUGGAAUGUGCAUUUCUCAUGGAAUACUCGAGUCGAAACACAAAACAACGCAUCGCAGAAACUUACGAGUUAUAUAUAGCUCGAGCUUGGCAACUUCUUUCGUAGCACUCCCGAUGUUCCGCGCGGACCGGGGGGCGUGUAUGAAUGAAAAACCCACGACUGAUGCACGUCACUUCCCCGCACGCACGAUUUCACACCCGCGCAGUCUUUUCCGCCUGCCGCACAUCAUGGGAUUGUUAUAAACGAACUUGCUAGACUAUAGCAACGCAUCGCAAGAACUUGCGGAUUCUGACGAAGUCACAAUUAAACUCAUUUUUUAAAAAAAUACAUACCUACACAACUUACAAUAAUUAUAAAAAUUACAUUAUUUUUUUUUUAAAUAUACAUAGGUAUCUACACAACUUGCAAUAAUUAUACAUUACAUUAAAUCUAUGUGGCAUAAUCGACCCGCCAUUCGCCAUUUUGAGUCAUUUUCAAAAUCGCGAUGUUAUAGGUAGAGGACACAUACACAAACUAAAAAUGUCAAAUAAUAUGGUAUAAGUACCAUAAAGUGUAUGUAUAUAAAAAUAAAGCUUAUAACUGUACUAUACAUCUGUGUUAUUACAGAUCGUUCCAUGUAGGAUGGUGCGGGUGACAGUUCGUUUCACUCUUGAAAGUUUGCCGCGAUUCACGAUAAUAGUACUUACGUAUUAUGAACGUCAUAUAGGCGACUGUCACCGUAUCCAUGCUAUCUGAUAAAACACUUUAAUAACAAUUUACAUGUCCGCUAUAUAAAAAAAGUUCAAAUACGGUCGAUGAUAGUGAAAAGAAUCAAUCGACUUGUGACUUUGCACAAAAUCGCAGUUCUCAGUUGCUCUUUCUGUCGUUCAGAUUCGCAGUUUUGUGUUUCGUCGUAAAAUAAUGUUUAAGGUGUGAUAUAUUAAAUUUAUAUACAAAAAAUUAUAAUCAAAUUUUAUUAUUUUAAUUUAUUUUUAUUGGUUGAAUUUUUCAAGUGUUAUACCUAGAUGAUUCCUUCAAUUGAAUUUGUUGUUUGGGACAAACAAAUAAUAAAAGAACACCGAUUAAAAAUAAAUAACAAAUAAUAUAAAUUGUAAAAAAACAUUAUUUUUCCCUUAAAUUCAGUUCCCACUUGAAAAAUUUAGCCUGUUUACAAAAUAAUUAUUUUAUAUUCCUAUUUAAGUGACGUCAUGAAUUUUAGUUGUAGCAGAAUAAAAUAAAUUAAAUAAUAAACUUAAUCGGUGAUAUUUGUGAGGUAUAUUUAUUACAAACCAAGCUCGCUAUACACCAAACCCGAUUAUGUGAUAGUAGACAUUUUUUGUCACUGAUUUUAACUACAAGUCGCAUUUGAUGUGUAGCGCUUUGAGGUUUAUAUUUUAGUGUUAAAUGUGCUUACUUGGUUAUUGGAGUUUGAAUAAAUUUUUUGGCCUCCA